CACCAUGGUCCCACGUGCGCUCCCUUCUCCUCCAUCCCCCGCCUGCCGUGCCGGCCGCAGCUCUUCCUCCCUCCCCUACUGUGCCGACUGCUGAAGCCUCGUGUCGUGGGGGGACGGCGGCUGGCUGAUGCCCGUGUCCGCCCAACCCCCCCUUGACUUCCCUCCCCUCCCCUCACUCCACCCACCCCGAUCCACUCUUCUUCUCCCCAUCUCCAGCCGCUCCCUCCCCCCACCCCACCCUCCAGCCCCCAUGUCCGGCCCCCAUUUCCUUUCUCUUCCCCUCCUCCUCGUCCUUCUCCUCCCCAUUCCGCUCCACUCCCAGCCCGUCUCCUCCCCGCCGCCGCCCCCGCAAUGCGCGCUCAACUUCACCGCGCUGCGCCCCUUCCUCGCGCCGCCGCUGCCCCCCGACGACGCCUCCCGCUGCGCGCUCGCCAUGCAGUCCGUCACCUUCCUCCUGUCUCUCUACCUCGCCGCCACGGCCUCAUUCGUCCUCCCCUCCAACGCCUCCUCCUGCCUCGCCCCCCUCCAAUCCGCGCUCCCCUUCCCCAACUCCACCUGCGCCAGCCUCUCCAACCUCGACUCCAUCCUAGCCUCGCCCGGCUGCGGCAACGUCUCCACGCUCGCUGACUUCGACGCGCUCGUCUCGCCCUCCGCGCGCUCCGACAUGGACGCAAGCUGCGACCGCGACCUCUCCGCCGUCCCCGACUGCACCGCUUGCACCACCGCGCUCAGCAAGGCCGCGGCCGCGUACCUCCUCCCGGGGUCCCCCAACGGCGCCGACAGCAACAACGUCACCGGGUGCGUGCAGUACCCCUUCAUCUACGCCGGCGCCAAGGCCAGCCCGCGCGGGCCCGCCGACCCAGCCACGGCCUUCUGCCUCUACCUCCUCAAGGCCAACCCUCCCGCAACCGCGCGCUCCGGCGCCGCCCCCUGGGUCUACGGCGUCGCGUUCGGCUGCCUCGGAGCGGUGCUGCUCCUCGCCGCGGCCGCGGGAUCCUGCUUCCUCCUGCGGCGGAGGCGGGCGCGCGCGGCGGCGUCGGAACUGGCGGCGGCCGCGGCGGACAGCAGGAGCAAACGCUCGCAGGCCAUGGAGUCCAUCAGCGCCAGCACCACGCUAGUCAAGUUCACCUACGAUGACAUCAAGGCGGCCACGGGAGGGUUCGCCCGGGAGAGCAUCAUCGGCCGCGGCGGCUUCGGGAAUGUCUACAAGGGGGUGCUGCGCGACGGCGCCGAGGUCGCGGUCAAGCGCUUCAAGAACUGCUCCGCGGCCGGAGACGUGGCCUUCGCGCACGAGGUGGAGGUCGUGGCUAGCGUGCGGCACGUCAACCUGGUCGCGCUUCGCGGGUAUUGCAUCGCCACCACGCAGAGGGAGGGGCACCAGCGUAUGAUCGUCUGCGACCUGAUGCAUAAUGGCAGCCUCCACGACCAUCUGUUUGGCGCCGGAGAGUGCCAGAUGGCGUGGCCUGUCAGGCAGAAAAUUGCCAUCGGGAUGGCAAGGGGCCUGGCCUACCUGCACCAUGGGGCGCAGCCUGCCAUUAUUCACAGGGAUAUCAAAGCGAGCAACAUCUUGCUUGACGACGAAUUUGAGGCCAUGGUGGCUGAUUUCGGAUUGGCCAAGUUUGCACCAGAGGGGAUGACACAUGUGAGCACACGGGUUGCGGGAACACUGGGUUAUGUCGCCCCGGAGUAUGCGCUCUAUGGCCAAUUGACUGAGAAGAGCGAUGUCUAUAGCUUCGGAGUUGUGCUUCUUGAGCUUCUGAGUGGGAAGAGGGCGUUCAUAUCUCUCGGCGAGGGCCAGAGCUUCGUGCUCACUGAGUGGGCUUGGUCCUUGGUGCGGAGGGGGAAGACAGUGGAUGUGAUCCAAGAGGGAAUGGUUGACCAUGGUCCUACUGAGGUAAUGGAGAAGUAUGUACUUGUUGGCGCGCUCUGCACACAUCCCCAGCUGCACGCGAGGCCAACAAUGGAGCAAGCGCUGAAGAUACUCGAGGCAGAUGCUGCACCGGCACCAUUAAUUAUUCCGGAAAGGCCGCUCCCUGUUGUUGCAAACCUGGAUGAGAUUGAGAGGUCAGCCAGCAGCAGCGGCUCAGGUCAGCUGUUUAGUCCCUCUGGUUUCCGGUCUUUUAUUCACGGAACUGAGGACGCUGCUCUGGUGUCUCCAAAAGAAACAUGAGCUUUUGCUUCACUGAAUAGUGAAAUAUUCGUUGCUGGAACGCAUACCAUAUUUCUUUUUGUUAGCUUGAUUUUGUUUAAUUGGAUUCUGCUGGGAACUGGUUGUAUAUAGCGAUUUGUAGUUUUGCUCCCACACGAAAAGUAGGUUCUUGUGUGACAGUUGGAAUCA